UCACAUGCAUAUAUAUCGGUGCUGGAAGUAAUACGCUUCGGCAGGUGGCCAAGCAUAGCCAUGGGGAGCAUAGCAAAAGCAGCGGUUCUACUUAUAUUUUUCAUCGUGGUUUUACAAGUGGAAGGAAAACCAGCGCCGAAACCUUCACCCCGACGAUGUGGACGAAAGUGGCAUCUGGCCUGCUCUCCACUUCCUCCACCAGAACCUUACCCAUAUUACCCUCAUAAAUGGGGAGGAGGAAGAUGUCCCGAUGGGGGGUGUGACAAGAGCACGAUCAAUGAAAACAGAAACAAAGUAGAGGUUA